AUGAUUCGUCCGUUAUCUCCUUCACUUCGUUCUCUCUCUCCAAACUUCCCUUCACACACCUCUCCUCGACUGCUCACCCAGCGCCGAGUCUCUCCACGUUCUUUCUCCGGUUCCCCGAAGCCUCACCACCGAGCCUACACAACAGGACAAGCCCAAGCCGCCCAAUCUCUCCAAUCUCCAGCCCAGCCCUCGCGUUUCCGCCGCUUCGCAGGCUUCACAACGAUCGCACUUCUCGCAUUUACAUUCGGCGUAAUCUACCAAACCCAACGCACCGUAUCACGCCUCAUGUCCGUCACAAUCCCCACAAACGAGGAGACCCUGGCCCUCUACACACCAGAGGAUGCCAUCGCCGAAGAGAUUGAAACUACUCUCCGCACUCACCCCGUCGCCGAGUCCCUACGCGCAAACCCGGAAUUCACCGAAGCGCGCCCACACCUCAAGAUCCCCGAGGCCCUGCGCGAGCGCAGCCUGACUGGCGGCACCCUGCGCGGACCGAACAAGAUCGUCGUGCCACCCCUCGUCUUCAGCGAGCGCGAUGGCAAGAGCAUGGUUUCGUUGAUGUACCUCGGCUCCGAUGUCUGCGGGCAUCCGGGCAUUGUGCACGGCGGUCUGCUCGCGACGAUUCUCGACGAGGGACUUGCUAAUUGCUGUUUCCCGGCUUUGCCUAAUAAGGUGGCUGUGACUGCCAACUUAAAUAUUGAUUACCGUGCUCCGGCUAUGGCGAAUAACUAUGUGGCUCUCCGCGCUGAGACUGUCAAGGUUGAAGGUCGCAAGGCGUGGGUUGAGGGUCGCAUUGAAAGUCUCCCGACUGAUGGGAAGGACCCUGUUGUGUUAGUUGAGGCCAAGGCUUUGUUCAUUGAGCCCAAGCAGGCUGCUGCGUUAUCGAGUCUUUACAAGGUGGCGUAA